CAGACAGACAGACAGACAGACAGACAGACAGACAGACAGACAGACAGACAGACAGACAGACGGACGGACGCACCUAGGCGGACAAUAUGGCCCCACACUAUGUGGUGGGGACAUAAAAAUGGUGGACAUAUUAAACAUCUGUAUACAAACUGUUGACAGAGAUUAUGAUAAAUUUGAACUUAUGAUAUACCAGAUUAAAGAUGAGUUAAUUCCCUAUUCACUGGUAUAUAAUAUGACAUGUUAUCAUCAAAAAAAUCAUCAUCCGAUCACAGGGCUUCAGAAUGCAGAAUAUAUUCUUUCUUUCUACCCCCUUCAAUAAGCAGUGAUCGUUUCCCGAUUAAGAACUCGGAAAUUUGAUUGGCUGUCGCAACACUGCAACAGAAAUCAUGUAUUAGUAAUUGCGCAUAAUUAGAUCACGUGAUUCAGUUAAAUCGGGCGCUUCCAAUUUGGUUAUAGCAGGGGGAAGAAGGAGGUAUGGAUUCUGGACACCUGCUUAGGAGGAUGCAAGAAAAUCAAAAGCUAUUUUCCAAAUAUGAGUGUCCUAUUUUUUGAACCACCCUGUAGUUAUUAUAAUCAAUUCUGAAAGAAUAUCACAUAAUUUUGUCUUCCUGACUUCAAUCAUGAAAGAAAAUCAAUUUUGUGUGUAAACUUUGGGCA